AUGGCUGUUUGUGCCAGACAAGCUGAAGUUGUCCAGGUUGACGAGAACUGUGUGGAGGGCUGUAGCUCACUGGCCAACCGUUUCAGGAACUCACUCCCCGAUCCGGGUGCCUUCGACCCAGACGAGGUGGUCGGGCCCACCAGCAUGGAGGAUAGUAAUGACGCUUUUGAGGCGCACAUGUCCACCAGCAAAGAUAAGAGUACGGGCACUCGGGCAAAACGCUUCAAGGAGGAGAGGGACGGCCGGCUGUGUCUGCCCUGUGAGCUGUGUGGGGAGCUGCUGACGGAGGACGACCAGUCAGCUCACUACAUCGCUAGCCACAUGGGCCACAUAUGCGCCUGCGGCAAGUGUGGCCAGAUCCUUGUCAAGGGCCGGCAGUUGCAGGAGCACGCCGAGCGCUGUGGCGAGCCCCAGGAUGCCGAGACAGAUUCACUGGGCGAUGACUCGCUGUCUGAGGAGCGGCAGGUUGUGGAGGAGGGCCUGCUGGAGGCCGAUGGCACAUUCGAAGGUGAGCUGGGUGCCCCGUGCCACGAUGACACUGAUGAGAACUGCCUGGCCUACCGCUGCCCCCACUGUGGUCUGCACCUGGGCAGCGAGCGGCAAGCCCUGGAGCAUGUGGCCCGCUGUCCAGAGCAGGAGCUGCUACGUUCUGGACUGCUGGAGGAUGGCGAGCGGGACCACCGGUGUAAGCACUCCUGCGGCAUUUGUGGCAAGGGCUUUUUCCAGCGUUGCCACUUGCGUGAGCACUACACCGUCCACACCAAGGAGAAGCAGUUUGCGUGCCAGACCUGCGGGAAACAGUUCCUGCGUGAGCGGCAGCUGCGGCUGCACAACGACAUGCACAAGGGCAUGGCCCGCUACGUCUGCCCCGUCUGUGACCAGGGCACCUUCCUGAAGCACGACCAUGUGCGGCACAUGAUCUCCCACCUGUUGGCCGGGGAGACCAUCUGCCAGGUGUGCUUCCAGAUCUUUCCGGGCAGUGAGCACCUGGAGCAGCACAUGGACGUGCACCUGUACAUCUGCGGCGUGUGCGGGGAGAAGUUCCGCCUCCGCAAGGACAUGAGGAGCCACUACAACUCCAAACACACCAAGAGGUUAUAAGGGGUAGUGGCGAGACGUAAGCGUCUGUCUGGUACACAAGCCAUAAAUGCGAGAGCGACAGAAGUCGCCUCAGCACAGUUUCAGUUAAAUUCGUCACAUUGGUGUGUGACCUUCUGUAAACAAAGCUAGCAACAGUAACCAGGGCACCUGAUAUACGGGUGUGUGCAAGAUCGAAUGCAGUAGUGUUGCAUACACAUUGUAUGAUGUAUUUUUUUUUCUGUUUGUCCAACUCCAUGUCGUCCGUAUACAUUUCACUUGUAUGAGACAUUCAUGAAGGCUCAUGCGUUACUUCACACGCACUUGACAUAUAUAUUCAUAUAUAGAAGCUUGGCUUUUCCAUCUAGCUCCAUGUUGUGUUAGAGCUAUCCUUGUAGAAUAGGCAGAAUUUUCCAGAAGACGCCUUUCCAGGUGUAUCAGCGAGCCCUGUUUUUAUUUAUUUAUUUAUUCUUGGGGUUGGCGGGAAUCUGGAAUCUGUUCGCUCCCUCGUUGGGACAUCAAGUGAGAUUCUGUCAGAUUCUCCAGCGACCCGUGAAACCCACCCCCCUCCCCCUACUGAACGAUCCCAACUGGAGUAUAUAGGGCAAUGUUCUGACCUGCGUGAAUGCUGAACAGUGCGGUCUGGAGCCAUCAGCCAAGCAGGAAGCAUAGUAGAAAGAUGGAUUCAGAUGCAAAGGGUUAAAAAUGUAUGUGAAUGAAAUGCAGCUACAACAUGAUAAAACACUAGAGUCAGUGUGUUCGGCAGUCAGCUCGACUUGUUCCAGCUGCAAGACAUUUCUUCCAGCUUCAUCCGGUGACUGUAUGGUGCUGCAGGUCUAUUCCUUUCAUCCUGAUUUUCAAAAUAUCUGAAGACCUGAAUCUCUGACUUGCUCCUGCUUUUUCCUUACGAAGCACAGCGGUUAGUUUCCACAUCAUGCAAACAGGUGUAAAAUAAUGUCUUUACACCUCUGUAUAAAAACCUUUAUGGUUAAGUGUGACCUAUUAAUCAUUUCAAUUCAUGAACAGAAUAUGUGGUUGGAUUCAUAUUGGAUAUAUUGUUAUGAGUUGAUGAUGCUGGGGAUAACAGCAAGUGUUUUUAUGUUUGCCUGUUUCAGAAAAGCAGAAUUGGCUUUCUUCUUAAGAACGUGCACCUGGUCAUAUCUUAUUGUCUCCCGUUACGCGACUUUCCUGUAUCAGAAACAGGAGCACUUUUCUGCUGAGGGCUAAAUCGUUUUUUAAGGUGCUGAAUUUGCAUUUACUGUUUACAAAAUACAGUGACCUCUUCAGUGAAACUAUGUAUUUUUUAAUGUGUGUGCGCGCGUGCGUGCGUGCGUGUGUGUGUGUGUGUGUGCAAAGGAAUCUUGUGCUUCAUUUUAAAAUGUUACUUAAGUUGCUGCGCCUUGAAGUGGCGCUGGUCCACUUUCAGUGUUGCACCCAUGUUCAGCAGAGGAAAAAUGUAUGCGUCGUACGUGUUGUGAAACCGGCUCACUCUGAUUGGCUGGCUUCACACUUGCCCCUUAGAAAAUGCAAAUACCUGUUUUUUUUUCCUGCCCCAUGUUGUUUUACUCCUGGCAUGAGGGUUAGGGUUAGUACUGCCGCUUCAGGGAGUGAUAGCACUCUUCCGAGCAGAGAACAGGUUACAGCCGUGCCACGUGGACCCCAAGGAAUGCUCGAACCCCUGGCAGCGCCACACCUAGGCAUGCCCUCCAAUGAUCAGCUCUUAUCGAACAGGCAUGAUGCAAUGAGACUGACGAACACUCACGGAGCAGUGGGUCGGCUAACAGGUUUAGCACAAUAAUUGUGCCUUCAUUUUUUUGGCCUUCUACGUAGAUCUUUAGAAAGAUUGCUGCAAGGAAAGCGGUCAGAUCAAUCCAGCUGCUUUUUGCAAGCACAGAGCGGGUUUUCCAGUAUGAAAACAAGAGAAGUGCAAAUAUAUGUUUUCUACUAUUAAACAAUGGAAGCUAACAGACUAUACACUUUUCCUUGCUUAUUGCAAACAUUUAUUCUCUUUGUUCACCGGUAGGGGGCAGUAAUGCAGUGGUUAUCUAUUAGUCGUACUGUUACUGCAAGUAAUAUGCUGUUUUCAGAAGGGGUCCCAGCCGUUGUGACAAUUAGCCUCUAAUGUAGAGAAGCUCUAUAUUUGCAAGGACAUACAUUUUUUGUUUAAAUUGUGUUUUUUAAAUUUCUGCAAUAAAUGUUCUAGUUAAAAAACAAACAAACAGUUUUUUUAAU